AUGGGACAGACUGUCACCACCCCCUUGAGCCUCACGCUCGACCACUGGUCAGACGUGAAGGCACGAGCCAACAACGAGGGAGUUGUAAUAAAAAAGAAUAAAUGGAUCACCCUUUGCGAGGCUGAAUGGGUCAUGAUGGAUGUGGGAUGGCCUCGCGAGGGAACUUUUAACCUCAGUCUUAUUUCACAGGUGGAGGGAAAAGUUUUUGCUCCGAGCCCCCAUGGCCACCUGGAUCAGGUCCCAUACAUCGCCAUAUGGAGACUAUUGGCAACCGAACCUCCCCCAUGGGUUAGGCCAUUCCUCUCCCCUCCAGUGCCCCAGGCUUCCUCCCCCACGGCACCGCCGCCCCCCCUCGCCCUUCCUACCUCCUCCCUUUAUCCUGUUCUCCCAUGAAAGGAUCCCCCUAAGACCCCUGUCCUUCCCCUGGACCCCAAUUCACCUCUUAUUGACCUCCUGACAGAGGAUCCACCUCCAUACCCAGGGAAUCGGAGACUAGAGGGACCGGCGGCCUCAGAACCACUGGUGGCCUCCUCCCCAGAGCGGGAGGAUGAGACGCCGGCUUCCUCGCCGGCCUCCUCCCCACUUGCUGAUGAGGCUCCAGCUCCCUCCCCAAUUGCCAGUCGCCUCCGAGGAAGGUGCGACGAACCAGCCAAGGAAUCCAAGGCCUUCCCCCUCCAGGAGGGCCCCAAUCACCAGCUCCAAUACUGGCCAUUUUCGGCCUCUGACCUUUACAACUGGAAGCAGCAUAAUCCUCCUUUCUCCAAGGACCCUGUUGCCCUGACUAACCUGAUUGAGUCCAUUUUAGUGACCCACCGGCCUACAUGGGACGAUUGUCAGCAGCUGUUGCAGACCCUCCUGACAGUGGAGGAGAAGCAGCGAGUCUUCUUGGAGGCUCGGAAGCAGGUUCCUGGAGAAGAUGGAAGACCCACCCAAUCUAAUGUCAUUGAUGCAGCUUUUCCCCUCACCCGCCCGGACUGGGAUUUCAUGACCCCAGAAGGUAGGGAGCACCUAUGUCUCUAUUGCCAGUUGCUCUUAGCGGGUCUCCGGGGGGCUGCUAGACGCCCUACCAAUUUGGCUCAGGUUAGAAAUGUGAUCCAGGGAAAGGACGAGACACCGGCAGCAUUCUUAGAAAGAUUCAGGGAGGCCUAUAGGAUGUACACCCCAUAUGAUCCGGAAGAUCCAGGACAGGCGCCGGGCGUCAUUUUGUCUUUUAUCUAUCAGUCAAGUUCAGAUAUAAGGGCCAAGUUACAGAGACUAGAGGGAUUGCAGUCGUGCAGUUUGUCAGAUUUAUUAAAAGAGGCAGAGAAAGUGUUUAAUAAGAGAGAAACUCCCGAAGAGUGGGAAGAGAGGAUGUGGCAGAAACAGGAAGAAAGGGACAAGAAACGUCAUAGAGAAAUAAGUAAAGUCCUGGCCGCUGUAGUGUCUCAGGGACAGGGCAGAGAGAGAGUUAGGACGGGAGAUCAAAGAAGGAUACCGCUUGAUAAAGACCAGUGUGCUUACUGCAAAGAGAGAGGACAUUGGGCUCGUGAUUGCCCAAGGAAACCUCAAGGGCCUUGGAGAACUAAGUCAAGGGCCACGGAUCUCCUCAAUUUGGAGGAUUAGGGAAGUCAAGGCCAGGAGCCCCCCCCCCCCCCCGAGCCUAGGAUAACUCUCAAGAUUGGGGGGCAGCCAGUGACCUUCCUAGUGGACACCGGGGCCCAACAUUCAGUCCUGACUCACACCGGAGGCUCUCUCAGUGACCACACAGCUUUGGUCCAGGGGGCCACGGGUAGCAGGAGAUAUCAAUGGACCACUGAAAGGAAAGUUCAGCUGGCGUCUGGACAGGUAACCCACUCUUUUUUGCAUAUACCCGAUUGCCCUCACCCAUUAUUGGGCCGAGACCUGUUGACUAAGCUCAAGGCUCAGAUUUAUUUUGAUGAUAAGGGAACGACCAUUACGGUACCCAAAGGAACCCCCCUACAAGUCCUAGCCCUAAAAUUGGAAGAGGAAUAUCGUCUGUUUGAAUCAGAGCCCUCUAAGGGGCCACCACAAGAGAUGCAGGACUGGUUGAGAGAAUUCCCCUUGACCUGGGCCGAGACUGGCGGCUUGGGGCUAGCUUACAACCAGCCCCCACUUGUUAUUCAGUUAAAAGCCUCUGCCACUCCUGUCUCAAUCAAACAGUAUCCCAUGUCCCGGGAAGCCCACGAGGGCAUUAAACCACACAUCCGGAGGCUCCUGGACCAGGGGGUACUUGUGCCAUGUCGAUCCCCCUGAAAUACCCCCCUCCUGCCUGUAAAAAAGCCUGGGACAGGGGAUUACAGACCGGUUCAAGACUUGAGGGAGGUUAAUAAACGAGUUGAAGAUAUACACCCUACAGUGCCAAACCUUUACAACCUCCUCAGCACUCUCCCACCAACACACUUUUGGUAUACAGUAUUGGACUUAAAGGAUGCCUUCUUCUGUCUGAGACUGCAUCCCCAGAGCCAACUGCUGUUUGCUUUUGAAUGGAGAGACCCAGAGAUGGGGCUUUCAGGACAACUGACCUGGACUCGACUCCCCCAGGGGUUUAAGAACAGCCCGACCCUCUUUGAUGAAGCCCUACACUCAGACCUGGCCGAAUUCCGGGUAGAACACCCGGCCUUAAUCCUGCUUCAAUAUGUAGAUGACCUCCUCCUAGCGGCCAGAACCCAGGCUGAAUGUUUAAGAGGCACUCGGGCCCUUUUGGCUAAAUUGGGACAGAAGGGCUAUCGGGCUUCUGCUAAGAAGGCCCAGAUUUGCCAAAGCAAGGUCAUUUACCUGGGAUACACCCUGGAGGGAGGACAGAGAUGGCUCACGGAGGCAAGGAAGGAGGCCAUAAUCUCCAUACCCCCUCCCAGGAACCCCCGCCAGGUGCGGGAGUUCCUGGGUACAGCCGGCUACUGCCGUCUCUGGAUCCCGGGUUUUGCUGAAAUGGCUGCCCCUCUGUAUCCUCUCACCAAGCCCGGGGUCCUGUUCCACUGGGGAGAGGAACAACAGCAGGCCUUUCAAUGAAUUAAGAGAACUUUACUCGAGUCACCAGCCCUUGGCCUACCAGAUCUAACUAAGCCCUUUGAACUGUUCGUGGACGAGAACUCAGGCUUUGCAAAAGGAGUGCUGGUACAGAGACUGGGGCCAUGGAAGAGACCUGUAGCCUAUCUAUCCAAGAAACUAGACCCUGUAGCUGCAGGUUGGCCCCCUUGCCUGCGCAUGGUAGCCGCUAUUGCUGUCUUGCUCAAGGACGCAGGGAAACUGACUUUGGAACAGCCAUUAACUGUGUUAUCCUCCCAUGCGGUGGAAGCUCUGGUCCGACAGCCCCCAGAUAAAUGGCUCUCAAAUUCCAGGAUGACCCACUACCAGGCUCUAUUAUUAGACACAGACCGAGUGGUGUUCGGACCAGUUGUCUCCCUCAAUCCUGCGACCCUGAUGCCCUUGCCAGACCCAUCCGAGGAGCACAACUGCCUCCAGAUUCUGGCAGAGGCCCAUGGUACCCGCUCCGACCUCACAGAUCAGCCGCUGUCGAACCCAGAUUUUAUCUGGUUCACGGAUGGGAGCAGCUUCCUCCAAGAGGGGGAACGAAGGGCCAGAGCAGCCGUCACCACCGAAUCAGAGGUAAUCUGGGCCUCGCCACUGCCGCCCGGCACAUCGGCCCAAAAGGCAGAGCUGGUUGCACUGACCCAGGCCCUCCGGAUGGCAGAAGGUAAGAGACUCACAGUCUAUACCGAUAGCAGAUAUGCCUUCGCCACCGCCCAUGUUCAUGGAGAAAUAUACAAAAGAAGAGGCCUCCUGACCUCGGAGGGCAAAGAAAUUAAAAAUAAAAAAGAAAUUUUAGACCUCUUAAAGGCAUUGUUCCUCCCACACCAGCUCAGCAUUAUACAUUGUCCCGGGCACCAAAAGGAUGACUCUGUUAUAGCCCGGGGAAAUUGGCUAGCUGAUCUGACGGCCCAGACAGUCGCCUUACAAACCCCCGGGGGCGACCAGCUGCUGGUCUUGCAGGACCAACAGCCAAGCAGGGAUCCCAUGCCAUACAGCCCGGAGGACCAGGAACUAGCAAAGAAAAUGGGGGUGGAAUGGAUCAAGUUCCUUCAUGCGCUAACCCAUCUAAGCAAAAAUAAGAUGAGAGCCCUUCUGGCUGAUGAGGCUUCGGACACUAUAUUACUAAAUCAGGAACAGGUCCUUCAACAGGUGACUUCCAGCUGCCCUGCUUGUGCUCAAGUUAAUCCAGGAAGAGUCCGUCUGAAUGGAGGGAGCCGUCUGAGAGGCCACCGCCCUGGAGUCCAUUGGGAAAUUGACUUCACUGAGGUAAAACCCGGACUAUAUGGAUACAGAUACCUUCUGGUUUUUUUAGACACCUUUUCAGGAUGGACAGAGGCCUUCCCUACCAAGAAGGAGACCCCUAACGUGGUAACCAAGAAACUCCUGGAUGACAUAUUUCCCAGGUAUGGGAUGCCCCAGAUAUUGGGGUCAGACAAUGGGCCCGCUUUCGUCUCCCAGGUAAGUCAGAAGGUGGCCAGGCUAUUGGGGAUCAAUUGGAAACUCCAUUGUGCAUACCGUCCCCAGAGCUCAGGACAGGUAGAACGCAUGAAUAGAACCAUUAAGGAGACUUUAACCAAAUUAACGCUUGCAACUGGCACUAGGGACUGGGUGCUCCUACUCCCACUAGCCCUCUACCGAGCCCGGAAUACUCCUGGACCUCAUGGCCUAACCCCAUUUGAGAUUCUAUAUGGGGCUCCCCCACCAAUUGUAAAUUUCCUCCACCCUGAUAUCUCCUCUUUUGCCACUAGCCCAACCUUGGAGGCGCACCUCCAAGCCCUCCAAUUGGUACAGAAGACGGUGUGGAAACCCCUGGCUGAUGCCUACCGGGAGCAACUGAACCGCCCGGUGGUGCCUUACCCAUUCGAGAUUGGGGACUCUGUCUGGGUUCGACUCCAUCAAUCCAAGAACCUAGAGCCGAGAUGGAAGGGACUGUACACCGUCUUGUUAACAACUCCCACCGCACUCAAGGUUGACGGGAUAGCGACUUGGGUCCACGCGUCACAUGUGAAAGCUGCCAAGGAAUCCAGCGAAGCAGAGAACACCGAGACGUCUACAUGGAAGUUUCAACGCUCUCCAAACCCACUAAAGAUAAGACUCACCCGAGGAGCGUCACCAGAGAGCCCCCAUCUAGUUAAGAAAAUUACCUGGCAGGUCAUUUCCCAAACUGGGGACGUAGUCUGGUCCACGACCGCUCAACACACUCCUAACACUUGGUGGCCAUCCCUUACCCCUGAUUUUUGCGAGCUUGCAGCUGGACUUGAUACCUGGGAUAUACCUGAAGCCAAACAUACUCUUAUUGGCCCAGCCCCUAAACCCACUUUUGGUACCCCCCCCCCCCCACUCGAGCCCGGAUGUGCCACCCCUGUCGCUCGCUGUUUACUGUCCUUGUAUGAUUUUUAUGUUUGCCCCAAAGAUGGCAGAAGUCGUGCCCUCGCAGCAAGAUGUGGGGGAUAUGAAGAAUUUUUCUGCAAAGCCUGGUCCUGCGAGACUACUGGGGCAGCUUACUGGAAGCCUUCCUCCUCAUGGGACCUUAUAACUGUUUCCCGGGGCUAUAUAAAAAAGGGCCAAUGCUAUGCUACCCAAGAGGAACUACAACCACAGUACGGCAAGUCCUUGCCAUUAAACAUCUCAUUUACUCCAAAAGGCAAGGGCUUCACAGGCUGGCCCGCGGGAAGGACAUAGGGCCUUCGCUGGCAUUUAGAUGGUUGGGAUGCAGGGGUUACCUUCAAAAUACGAUUAAAAAUAGAAAAUACCCACGCCACACCCAUUGGACCCAGUCGGGUCCUCCCCGACCAGAAACCUCCCUCAUUGCCUGCUCCAAGACCUGCCCAAGCUAGACCCCUGGUCACCCCCUCUCCUGGCCCUGAUAAUAGGGCUGGAGAAGCGACCACUUCCCAUCCACCCUCACAGGCCCCCGCCACAGAGAUUUCCCCCUACCCAGGAACCGGAGAUAGGCUGCUCAAUCUGGUCAAGGGUGCUUUCCUAGCUUUAAACUUUACCGACCCAGAUAAGACCCAGGAAUGCUGGCUAUGCCUAAUCUCCAUUCCACCUUACUAUGAAGGGGUAGCAGUAACUGGCAACUAUACUAACCAGACUUCUCCUUCCGCGAGCUGUAUCUCCGCCCCCCAGCACAAGCUAACUCUCUCCGAGGUCUCCGGACAAGGGCUCUGCUUGGGGGUCAUUCCCUCCUCCCAUCAGAGUCUUUGCAAAUCCACCCAGACCCUUCCAUCGGGAACUUAUCUUGCAGCCCCUAACGGGACAUAUUGGGCAUGUAACACGGGACUCACUCCCUGCGUUUCUGCCACGGUGCUGAACCAGACCUCUGAUUAUUGCGUGCUGAUAGAAUUAUGGCCUAAGGUUACUUAUCAUGAACCUGAAUAUAUUUAUAGUCACUUUGAGAUGAGGAACACCCGAUUUAGAAGAGAGCCUGUUUCCCUAACUCUAGCCCUGUUGUUGGGAGGAAUCACCAUGGGGGGAAUCGCUGCGGGGUUAGGUACUGGGACUGCAGCCCUCAUGGAGACCAGUCAAUUUAGACAACUUCAAGCAGCCAUGCAUACUGAUAUCCAGGCCCUAGAGGAAUCUAUAAGUGCCCUAGAAAAAUCCCUUAUAUCUCUAUCUGAGGUUGUUCUACAGAACAGGAGAGGGUUAGACAUCCUCUUCCUACAAGAAGGUGGCCUUAAAGAAGAAUGUUGCUUCUAUGCAGAUCAUACUGGAGUUGUCAGGGAUAACAUGGCUAAAUUGAGAGAGAGAUUGAAACAGAGACAACAACUAUUUGAGUCGCAACAGGGAUGGUUUGAAGGAUGGUUCCAAAGGUCACCCUGGUUCACCACCCUUGUCUCCACCAUUAUGGGCCCCCUAAUCAUCCUCCUGCUCAUUUUAAUAUUUGGACCAUGCAUCUUCAAUAGAUUGAUCCAAUUCAUCAAAGACAGGGUUUCUGUUGUCCAGACUUUGGUCCUGACCCAACAAUAUCAGAGGCUAAGACAGACAGAGAUGGAGAUGACCCCCUAUUCUCCAUCCUAA